AUGCGCGCUUCGAAAAGAACCCCAAUCCUCUCUCUGAAGAUCGCCCGUUAUCUUUGUACACUUUCGACUAGCAAUCUCGACAACGAUAUCAACAAUUGCCUCCAAAAAAACCGCUUGAACAAAGCUCGAAAGAUUUUUGAACAAAACCCAAAUGCCGGAUACAUCUUAUCAUGGAACGCGAUGAUCAACCCUAAUCUACGAAACGGCCAGGCUGAAAACGCCCAUGACCUGUUCGAUGAAGUGACCCUUAAAAACCCCGCUUCUUGGAAUAACUUUUUGUCAGGCUUAAAGAAGAGCCAAAACCCAGAGGGAGUUUAUAAAUGCUUUUUAGAAAUGGUUAGAUUUGGUUUGAAACCGACUGAGUACACCAUUUUGAUUUUAGUUAAUGCGGUUUCGGAAACGAAGUUUACGUUAUUGGUGCCGCAGAUUCAUGGGCUUGUUGUUUGUUUGGGGCUUAAUAUGAGCAUGUUUGUGGGGUCUGCGUUGAUGAAAUGGUACGCGCGAAUAGGAGAUGUAGAGGGGGUGGGGAGAGUGUUUGAUGAGAUUUUGGUAAAGAAUGUUGCUUGUUGGAAUGCUUUGAUUUCAGGAUAUAUGGAAGUAGGGUAUUUUAAACAGGCUCGUAGGGUAUUUGAUAAGAUGCCAGAGAGGGAUAUUGUUUCUUGGACUUCUUUGAUUAAUGGAUACAUUAGGAAUAAGUGGAUUAAUAGAGCUAGGUCUAUGUUUAAUAAGAUGAGUGAGAAGAACGUGGUUUCUUGGACCGUGAUGAUUAAUGGAUACGUGCAAAGUGAGAGGUUUCGGGAGGCGUUGAAGCUGUUUGUUUUGAUGUUAAGAUCAGAGACGAGGCCUAAUCAGUUUACAUUUUCGAGUGUCUUGAAUGCAUGUGCUGGGUGUUCUUAUCUUGUUACUGGCCAGCUAAUCCAUUCAAGCAUCCUGAAGUUUGGGAUACCAGAGGAUUUAAUAUUGUCGGCUUCCAGUGUUGAUAUGUAUGCAAAAUGUGGGGAUAUUGGUGCUGCAUUUUGCAUUUUUGAGUCCAUGCGCGAGAAGAAUUUGGUAUCAUGGAAUUCUUUGAUCGGAGGUUAUGCAAGACAAGGGCUUGGAAGAAGAGCAUUGGAGGAAUUUGAUAGAAUGAUUAACACUGGUGUCUGGCCGAAUCAGGUUACAAUUUUUAAUGUUUUAUUAGCAUGCAGGAAUAGUGGAUUGGUUGAAGAAGGUGAAAGACACUUCAAUUCCAUGGACCAGAAGUAUGGAAUACAAGCAGGGUUGGAGCAUUAUGCUUGUAUGAUGGAGAUCUAUGGGAAAACAGGUCAGCUGGAUAAAGCAGAUAAAUUGAUCAAGGGGAUGUUUUUCAAGUUUGAUGUGGUUGUUUGGUGUGCAUUUGUAAGAGCCUUUUAUUUGCACUCAGGUUUGGAACCUAGUGAACUUGCCACAGAAGGUAUUUUAAAAUUGAAAAUGGAUUAUCCUUUAGUUUAUUCAGCGUUUAGAAAGAUACAUGGUGUACCAGGAACAGUGACUGGUGUAACUGAAUUUAGGCCCUUGAAGGAGAUGAAAAAAAAGAGGAAAAUAGCUAAACAGAAGGCUCUUAGUCGGAUUGAAUCUCCUGUGAAAGUGAUAUGA